AUGGCUGCUUACGAAAUAAACAACCUACAAAAUGACUUCCAACAAAGCUUGGCUUUGUCAGGCUCACCUGGUGUAGUUUCCACUUCACCAACUCAAUCCUUCAUGAACACUUUGCCACGUCGUUUAAGUGUCUCAAAGCAACAAAAAGUUUUGAAACCAUUCUCUACUGGUGAUAUGAAAAUAUUACUAUUGGAAAACGUAAAUCAAACUGCCAUUGAGAUCUUCAAGGGACAAGGUUACCAAGUGGAAUUUCAUAAGGGGUCUUUACCAGAGACAGAAUUAAUUGAAAAGAUAAAAGACGUCCACGCAAUUGGUAUCAGAUCAAAAACUAAAUUAACUGCUAAUGUUCUACAACAUGCUAAGAACCUAGUUGUUAUCGGUUGUUUCUGUAUCGGUACAAAUCAAGUCGAUUUAGAUUUUGCCGCAAAGAAAGGUAUUGCAGUCUUCAAUUCACCUUUCUCAAAUUCUAGAUCAGUUGCAGAAUUAGUCAUUGCUGAAAUCAUCAGUUUAGCAAGACAGCUUGGUGAUAGAUCAAUCGAAUUACAUACAGGUACUUGGAAUAAAGUUUCUGCUAGAUGCUGGGAAGUAAGGGGUAAAACUCUAGGUAUCAUUGGUUAUGGUCAUAUCGGCUCACAAUUAUCCGUCCUCGCUGAAGCUAUGGGUAUGCACGUUAUCUACUAUGAUAUCGUCACUAUCAUGCCGUUAGGUACUGCCAAGCAAGUUCCAACUUUAGAUGAAUUAUUGAGAAAAGCUGAUUUCGUCUCUUUACACGUUCCUGAAAGUCCAGAAACGAAAGAUAUGAUCUCUGCUCCACAAUUAGCUGCUAUGAAAGACGGUGCUUAUUUGAUCAAUGCCUCAAGAGGUACUGUCGUUGACAUUCCUUCUUUGGUUGCAGCCAUGAAAGUGGGUAAGAUCGCGGGUACAGCUUUAGAUGUCUUUCCAAACGAACCACGUAAAAAUGGUGCUGGCACUUAUAACGAUGAAUUAAACGGUUGGACAUCUGAAUUAAUCUCAUUACCAAACGUUAUCUUAACCCCACAUAUUGGUGGUUCCACCGAAGAGGCGCAAACUGCAAUUGGUAUGGAAGUAGCCACUUCUUUGACCAAAUAUAUCAACGAAGGUAACUCCGUUGGUUCAGUUAACUUCCCAGAAGUCAGCUUAAAGGCUUUAGAUUACGAUCAAGAAAAUACUGUCAGAGCUCUAUACAUUCACCAAAACGUUCCUGGUGUCUUGAAAAUUGUUAACAACAUUUUAUCAGACCAUAACAUUGACAAGCAAUUUUCCGAUUCAUGUGGGGAAAUUGCUUAUUUGAUAGCAGAUAUUUCUUCAGUUAAUCAAAGUGACAUCAAGGAAAUUUACGAGCAACUUAACCAAACUUCUGCCAAAAUUUCUAUCAGAUUACUUUACUAA